AUGAACAAGCUGUCUCUAAGCGCCGCUCUUUGGCUCCGACAGACCCAAGCAUUGACAAAGAAGAUUCUUCUCAUCAUGGUCAUUCGCCACUGGUUAUCAACAUUAAUUCGCUGCCUCGUCAUACCAAUCCUCGUCCUCUCGCUUGUACUAGGAGUCCAGAACUUCACCCCCUCGAGCAAGUACGGCAUUGGCAAGCCCGCGUCUGCUCCAAUCCUUUCCGAAGCCACUCCCGAUGGCGCGAAACUCUUCAUCAUCCAACCCUCUGGUGCGGGAAGUGACGUCUCGGCUGUGAUCGAAGACGUGGAAUUGAUGAAGUGCCCCACGGAUAUUAACGGAAGAACAGACUGCUAUGCCGCCGUCAUCUUCAACGACUCCCCUCUGGGUGAUGGCGGAAACAAACAGUGGAACUACACGAUGCGGUGCGGUUCCUCAAACCUCGGAUCCGGCUUCGACGUCUUCCAAUCGGCCAAGGCAGCGACGAACCCCCAUAUCCCAUUGCAACUCGCAAUCGAUCAAGCCAUUACCAAUUCGUCAACAGUCCCCGACAUGUACAUGUUCACUCGAACUACCCAGGAACAGGCCAAGUCAGUGCACCGCCGCAAGUUCAUCGAUAUGCUCUUGGGAGGGCUAAAUCUCGUAUGCUUCGCAAGCAUGCUGUCACUUGGUUACCACGUUAUUGGGACCAUAGCAGCAGAGCGCAAGUCGGGAAUGACGCAGCUGAUUGAUGUUAUGGGCGGAGGUGCAUUUUCUGCUCAACUGCUGAGCUAUAUUAUUGCCUUUGACAUUAUAUACCUACCUCUGCUCCUGCCGACUUCUAGUGCCGGCAUAACCAUCCUCUGGCAAAUUCUCACCGGAUGGGCUCUGACUAGCGGCUGCGUCUUUGGCGCGACAUUUGCCAUCAGAUAUUCUACCAUCCUCGCUGUUCUCACCCUGAUUGGUAUGGCUGCCUUCGCACAGCUUCUCAACAGCCAAACAGAACCGAUCACCAAAAGCGUCGCCGUGGCAUUCUCCGUCAUGUUCCCAAGAUGCAGCUACGUUUUUGUUCUGAACUCCAUUGCGCGAUACGAAAAGGCAGGAAAGGCGACCAACAUUUACGCCAUACCCCCAUCCCCUGGCUUCGAGGUACAGAAAGCUACCAUCGGGGCGCUCUGGUUGUGCUUUUGCUUCAGCAUCGUUGCUUUCCCCUUGGUCACCAUCGCGAUCAAAAGAUUCGUCCAUGGAGCCAGCCGCGGCGGGCGCCAAUUCAAGACGGGCCCUAAGGCAGACAACACUUGA